CAAGCACAGGGAAACUCCCUUUUUAAACCCUUUUUCGUGGUUUAUAUCCAAAACGUCACUUCCGGUGUACACAGACAGGGAUUUGCCGCUGUCAGGACGGUGGGAUGUUGCUGGAAAUGACCUAGAGGCCUUACAGAUUCAUUUCCGCUCCGUGGAUUGGGACUGCAGUCGUGGAGAAGCCGGGUCUGGAAGCAGCACGUUUCCCCCGUUUCAGUAGUAACUACCUCAGCCGCCAGAGAAAGGGGGAGGAGCCCCGGCUCAGCAAAGUCCCGGCAGAUUUUUGCGGGCUGUUCCACGCUCCUCACCGCGCGAGCGCUACGCUACGGACCGGGUCCGAGACAGACGGGACCCGUCCGCGAACACACGGACGUGUGGCAGAAGACCGCCCUCCUGAAGGAAGUGCCAGGGCACUGCGAUCUCUGUCUUCUCCGUUUCUCGUCUUUUAUUAAUGUUAUGUCUGCUGUUGACCAGUGUCACGUUUUCCUGAACCUUUUUGUUUUAGCUUAAAGCUUUUGAAGAUUGAUAUUUUUUAUUAGACGCGUACAUAUAUAGAUAUAUUUACACGCGUACAAAAGGGGGGUUUUCAUUCCUCUGUUUGAAGAAAGAAAAAAAAAAAAAAACUUGUGCACUUUGAGAAUUCCCUGGACUGAAGCUACCAGCCACUAAGAAUGAGAGCCAGUCAGAGGCAGAGCUGCCCCAGUGCUGGAUCACUCCCCAUAACCGCGUAUCCCUCCGCCCCCCGUCACUGAUUGAGCUUCUGGUGAAGGAGGAAAGUACACGUCACCUGAUAGUACCCUCGGUUUUGACUGUUAAAUGGGACCCGCAGCAGCGCUGCUCAGAGAAUUCACACCCAGUCAGCGAGUCGACACGCCCCUGUUGAGCCUUUAGAAAUGCCUUUUAGACAGAUUAUACCUGUUAGCUGUCUUUGUACCUGACUUAGAAAGCUGUGCGUUUGGGGAGAGGCUGUCACUGUGAAGCAGAGUGGUUGACUGAGCCAGCGGUAGGCCAGCGCGCAGAAGAUUCCCCAGACAGUUGAACACUUAUGUAUUGUUGCAGCGCGCAGGAAAGUAAAAUGGACUACAAGCGGCGCUUUUUGCUUGGCGGGUCCAAGCAGAAAGGGCAGCAGCACCAGCAGUACUCCAUGCCCGAGUUGGGACGGGCCCUCAGCGCCCCGCUGGGCCCCUCCUGCUCCGCCCCCGCCUCCAUGGGGGCCGGCGGCGGGUCGCCCGGCAACUGCGGCCACCCCCCCCACCCCAGCGCCACCACCGCCAUCGCCGACAUCCAGCAGGGCAUCUCCAAGUACCUGGACGCGCUGAACGUGUUCUGCAGGGCCAGCGCCUUCCUCACCGACCUCUUCAGCGGCGUGUUCAGGAACUCGCACUACUCCAAAGCAGCUAUGCAACUGAAGGACGUGCAGGAACACGUCAUGGAGGCGGCCGGCCGGCUCACCGCAGCAAUAAAGCCCGAGAUCGCCAAGAUGCUGAUGGAGCUGAGCGCCGGGGCCGCCAACUUCAAAGACCAGACCGACUUCAGCCUGCAGGACGUGGAGGUCCUGGGGCGCUGCUUCCUGACGGUGAUGCAGGUGCACUUCCAGUUCCUGUCCCAGGCCCUGCAGAAGGUGCAGCCCGUGGCCCAGUCCUGCCUGGCUGAGGCCCUGGCCCAGGCCCAGGAGCGCCGCUCCAGCGCCCCGCCCCACAGCUCCGGAGCCACGCCCCUGACCGAGCUGGAGGAGGCCACCCGGUCAUGGAAGGGCGCGGCUGAGGCCACGUCGCGGCUGAGGGAGAGGGGCAGAGACGGUUGCUUGGCCGGGAUCGAAGUCCAGCAGCUCUUCUGCUCACACAACACCACCAUCCCUGAGAGCCAGCUGAAGGAGCUCAACAUGAAGACAGAUAACGCCUUACAGGCUUAUAAAGUGGCUUUGGAGAGUCAGGGCCACAGUGAGUAUGCCCUGAAGGCUGGGUUCCACCUCAAUCCCAAAGCUGUGGAAGCAUCUUUGCAGGGCUGCUGUGGUGAAGCAGAGGCCCAGCAGGCCGGUCGGAUGCAGACCCCCUCCCAGCCCAUCCAGUGUGAGCUGCCCACCAUCCCCCUGCAGAUCUGCUCCCACUUCCUCAAAGGCGUGUCCUUCAACGAGUCUGCCGCCGACAACCUCAAGCUCAAAACGCACACCAUGCUCCAGCUGAUUAAAGAGGCAGCAGAGCGCAAUGGGGUGACCCUGCGGGACGACUCCCCCGUCACCGACGUCCUCAACCAGGUGUGUCCCUCCAGCUGGAGAGGAGCCUGCAAGACCGCCGUGCAGCUACUGUUCGGCCAGGCGGGGCUGGUGGUGGUUGACACUGCUCAGAUUGAAAACAAAGAGGCCUACGCUCCCCAGAUUACCCUGGAGGGAUCCAGAAUUGUUGUUCAAGUCCCCUCUACAUGGUGUCUGAAGGAGGACCCAGCCACUAUGUCCCUGCUGCAGCGCAGUCUGGACCCAGAGAAGACGCUGGGCUUGGUGGACGUGCUCUACACUGCUGUGUACGACCUCAACAGGUGGAGAGAAUGCAGGGAGCAGGCCCUGCCCACCAUUCAGGUGCAGCUGCAGCGGGAGAGCUCGGACUACAGCCCGCAGACAGACCUGCCGCCCGGCAGCGGGUCCAAGUCCUCCAGCGGCCUGCCCAAGACCAUCUCCAAGCUGACCUCCAAGUUCACCAAGAAGGUGUGCUCCAGCAGCGGCAGCGGAGGCAGCUACUCCAUCCCCAACACGCCCUCCCGCAGCGCCCCGGACGACAAGGCCAAGGGCGGGGCUGGGGGCGGAGCUGACGGCAGGCUCCAGGGCAUCCUCCACAUGAGCAGCUUGCCCUGCACCCCCGACCCCGGGCAGUCCCCGCAGAGCCUGGCCGCCCAGCUGGCCAACGGCUGCCUGCCAGACGAGAAGGGCAUGAACCUGCCCACGGACCAGGAGAUGCAGGACGUCAUCGACUUUCUCUCAGGGUUCAACAUGGGCAAGUCCCAGCAGGCCUCCCCCCUGGUCAAGAGGAGGAACUCGGUGGCCUCCACCAACGUGUCCGAGCUGAAACCCCCCACAGGAGCGGCCCCGCCUACACAGGCUGCGGCCCAUAGUGCCCUGCAGCCCCCUGCCCCGGUCCUGCCACAACCCCAACCGCAGCCGCAACCACAACAGCAGCCACCGCAACCGCCACAGCAGCCGCACCCAGCUCAGAAGCCACCGCAGCCACACCCCCCUUCCCAGCAGGCACUGCAGUACUAUCAGCACCUGCUGCAGCCCAUUGGUCAGCAGCAGCAGCAGGCCUCUCCACAGCACCCUUCCCAGCAGCCUCCACCCCAGCAGCAGCAGCGCGUGCCAGCCAAGUGGCCCACCAGCUCCACCCAGCACCCCCCACAGGGCCCUCCCCCCGCAGGGCUCUCUCCCAUUGGGCAGCUGGGGCAGUGGGGCGCGCCCGGCCUCCCGGACCUGAGCUCAGACCUGUACAGCCUGGGCCUGGUGAGCACCUACAUGGACAGCAUGAUGUCAGAGAUGCUGGGCCACAAGCCCACCGGGCCCCGGAACAACACCUGGCCCAACCGGGACCAGAGCGAGGGCGUGUUCGGGGCCCUGGGAGACGUGCUUCCGCGCUUCGAGUCCCUGGGCUCGGACCCAGAGUUUGCCCGGUACGUGGCCGGCGUGAACCAGGCCAUGCAGCAGAAACGGCAAGCGCAGCACGUUCGUCACCCCAGCAACGCACGCAGCAACUGGCCAAUCGCUGACGAGUCUCACAGGAGCUGGCCCCACCCGGAGUACUACACUGAAGGGGAUGCCAUGAGCAGCAGCUGGUCGGCCAAUCAGGGGGACUCGGCCAGCUCAAGCGACGAGACCUCUUCGGCCAAUGGGGACAGCCUGUUCUCCAUGUUCUCAGGACCCGACCUUGUAGCAGCUGUCAAACAGAGAAGAAAACACAGCUGUGGGGAGCAGGAGGCGUUUACCCUUCCCUCGCCCCCCCUCCAUCACACCGGGGAGGACAGCAGCCAGGACUGCAAAAUGAAAACCUGGCCUCCGAAGGCUCCUUGGCAGCACUCCUCCCCCCACACCAACACCCUGCCCAAUGUCAGCUCUUCCUUGUACCAGAUGACCAUCCCCUCCAGCCAAUGGAGCGACUCCAUGCAGAUGCUGCAGUCGCCGGUGUGGUCUACGGCCGGUGACUGCCCCCCCUCCGCGGGGAUGACCCCCGGCUUCCCCUAUGCGCAGCCGCAGACGCAGACCCCUCUGCAGACCCCGCAGACGCAGACGCAGCAGCAGCAGCAGGCUUCCCAGCACAAGGCCGUCGGCAAGGGCUUCAAAUCCUUCCCCCUGAAACACGAGCACAGGCCCUCCUACCUGCACCAGUACUGAGUCCGAGCGGCGCGGCGGGAGCCGGAGCAGCGCCCGCGCGUCGCCAUGACGACUCGGCGCGGCAGGACUCCGGCCGAGCGGCGCCAGGUGUGUAUAUAGGCCUGUCCCGUACUCGUAGUCGUGUGUGUGUGUGUGUGUGUGUGUGUUUACUGUAGAGCGAGCCGCGACCGUUAGUUAUAAGCUGCUCCGUUCUUGAAUCCAAAUCCAAAAUGUGUGAAAUUGGGGGGGUGGUCUUACUGAGUUUGUAGCCAAGCUGAAGCAGACACUGCAGCACUAACAUUUUAUACCUAUUUUUCCAUUUGAGAGUUUUUCUAAGCUGUUGUGCUGGCUGAGCUGUGUGCAUGACAGCAGCUAAUCUGAUGGUCGCGUCUCUUGUCCAGUUAACGUAUAUGCUUUGUUUCCUGAGCAUUAGGUAGCCUGUGGAAUGCAGUGGAGUACAAGUGCUUGUCCAUUUUGCUACUUUUGCGACUGAUAGUUUGUGUUAGCUAUGAGGACGGAGAGACCCCUCCAGUGGGAGUCCUCUGAUCCUGAAGUAUACUGUGUGGCUAAGAAACUGUAACUGCCAAAUCUCAUGCAAGAUGAACCAGACAACAGCUCUCAUCUAUUGUUUCAUUGCUUGUAAAUUACUCAAACUGAAAUAUAAAUUAUUUACUUCCAUUUGUAUUAAAUAGGCUUUGAGCUGGCUCAGCAGAAAUAUAAUAAUCAUUACAGAAGUGUAAUUUGAAAGACACACUCUACUUUUUCAGCAACUGAUAUUGCUAUAGAGUCAAAAUAAUAGCAAAUAUGUGCCAUGUUAAUAUUAAUAACGCUUUACAGAUUAUUUUUCCAACCAAAGCGUUGUUCAGAGUAUGAAUGGUGCUUUAGAGUAAAAGAAUGAGUUAUAAUAAUAAUAAUAAUAAUAAUAAUAAUAAUAAUAUCUACCUAUCCCAUUGUACAGUAACCUUGGAACAUCUCUGUGGUUAAAUAUUAAAUGGUCAUUUUUUUGUUUUUCUGAUUGGCAAGUUUCUAAAUGCAAAAAUUUGAAAAACAAACAUAACAUUUUUUUUUCCAUUUAAAUACAAUAUUUUUUUGUACAAAAAUUGACAGUAUUAAUCUUAUUUUUGUAUUUUCUUAAAUGUUAUACCAUUAUUGUAUGUUUCAUGCUAACAUAAUUUAGGCGUAUUGAUAAAUAGAUCCUCUUCCCUCACCUCCCUAAUAGAAUGGUGAAAAGCACAUUUUAUUUACUACAGAGUUUAACUACAUCAUAUAUCUAUAAGGUUACCAAAUAUGCCAUUAUAACACUAAAAAACAUUAUUGUGUGUUUAGGGCAUUUUGAGCCCGGGUUUCUCAGUUUGUAUGGCAGUGGGCUGUAUUUAAAUGCCCAGAAUGCUGACUUUUCUGUGACGUUUGUGGAUGCCAAUGUUGCCUGUAUUUCUAUGACACCAUCGUUUUCUGAAAACUAACAUACCAUGUUUACAGAGAAUCAUUCGCUGUAUAUAUAUAAAAUACCUUUUUAUAGUUAAGUGCUUUGCACAAUCAAAAUACGCGGUUUGUUGCUUUUUGUCUGUGUCAAUCUCCCAAACUGUUGCUUUUUUUAAAGAUAUCUAUGAAGACCUUGAACUGUAACUGUAAGCAUUUCUCAGCUGUGUCAAACGGUUUACCAGUUGCUUUACUAAAAAAGAAAAUGUAGCUCUGUUUGAGCAGAUAUGAAGGGGGACUGCUUGGCUUAUGUUGCUUAUUGUUCUCUAGAGGUGGCAACUUAAAUCUUUCCAACUGUUCCAGCAAAGCAAAAAAAAUAAAAAUUAAAUGAACUAGCA